AUGAGCUCCCAACCCCCCAACCCUCUCGGGUCGCAAGACCAGUCUUCCGGCGGCGACUCCCCCGAAACCCCAAGCUCUAUGGACGUCAGCGACGGCCACGUCUCUCCCGAGCCCCGUAACCUCGAGGCACUCUACAACCAACUUGCCACUAUCAUCACUGAUAGCAGGCCCAGUGAAUGCACCGACCCGGUGGAACAGCGCGCGAUCCUUACGGACCUUGUCGACUUCCGAAGCAAAACCCAUGCUCAGCUUCAGCAAGUACGUGGCAGGGCAAGUCUCCUUGUCCUCAAAUGGAAAGAAGCCCACUGGAACGCACUCCAAUUCCAAGACCAGGUGCAUCGCAACACCUUGCAUCAUCCCACCUUUCAGCGCUAUAUGAGGGAUGUCCUCUGGUCUUUGGGGAUUAACCUAGAACAACGAAGUAUGAUCGACACGCUUGGUAUAGUGCUCACUAACCCGCAUAAUGCCUCCGUGGAUAAGAUCAACUCGACUAGGUUGCUUAUCAUAAGAGAGAUGGGCGAUGUGCCUAGGGCCACUGCUGAGAGAGUAGCAGAGAGAGUAGCGGAUAUUCUCACCUUUUGUCGCAAUUGGGCCAUGUCCCUUCGCCUUCAGCCGACAUUUGGUCUUGAUGCGGGCACCCUAUAUUCCGACGUCUUUGUACUGAACGGCCUUAUGAGAGUUGACGGAAGAUACCACACUAACCCCCCGAUCGACCAGGUAUCGAAUUUUAACCCAACCUGGUUGAACAAGCCCCCUAUAUGGGGUACAAUCAACACGGUUAUCUCCAUUACUGAUGAAAUCUGUAAUAGGUUUUCUGAGUCUUAG